AUGCUAUUGAGACCUCUGCUCACAGAAACAGCAAUCAUUAGGGCGGUAAAGCUACCCCAGGUAUCAACAAUUCAUCAAUUUAAACAUCAUCAAACAACUACAAGAUCUUUCUCAUUCAUCAAGAAGAAACAUUGUCCUGGAAUGACUAAACGAACCCGUGAAGUAUCUACAAAUGAUUCUCCAUCAUCAUCAUCAUCACCAAAAUUACCAGAAGAAUCAAAACCAAAACUCCCCAAAUCUGAUAUUCCAAGUUUAAAACCACGUUGGUUCUAUGCUACAGAUAAUCCAAUAUCAAUGCCAAAAGAAUAUCGUUAUGUUCAAAAAGAUGAAGCUAAAAAAUUUGCAGCAUUUACAGAAUUUGAUUCUGAUAGAAUUGAAAAACAAUUUCAAUUAUUAAAUAAACAUAAUGGUGAUAAUGAAACUUUAACAAAAAAUGAUAAAUUCAAAAUACCCGUUAAUGAGGAUUAUCUUUUUGAAGUUGAUCUUGUAUCAAGGAAAAUGUACCCCGUUUAUUGGGAUGGUGCUAUUUAUGAAGUUCGUCGUGGUGUUUGGUUUGAUGCUGAUGGUCACCCACUAAGAGAAUCACUAAGUGAUGAAUUAGAAAGAGGUUAUGCUAAAUUUAAACCUUAUUAUAAGAAAGUUCCUGAAAAAAAUCGUACAAUUGACCCUAAAGACACGGAAAAUAAUAAUAUAUCAGUUAAAAAUGAAGAUGGUGAAAGAGAUAUUCAUGAAUUACAUGGUUUUAAAGAAGGGAAAUUAGUUGUUUAUAGUGAAGAUAAAACUGCUUAUAUCUUAAAUGAAUUAUAUGGUGGGAAAUUACAAAUUGGUUAUUUAAAAGGUUUACAAAAUGGUCCUGCUUUAGGUGCAAAUAGAGUUAUUAGAGGAUUUCAAGAAUUUUCAUCAAAAAAUUCUAAAGAUGAAAAAUCAUCAUCCUUAAGUCUUUCAAAUAUGUUUGAAUUAGAAUUAUCUCAAAUGUUUGGUGAAAAGACUAAAACUUCCACUGAUAAAUCUGAUUCUGAUAAUACUAAACAAGCUAUGGAAAUUGAAAUAAAAGAAGAUUAUAAUAUUGAUCAAGAAGAUGGUACAACUGAUAAAGGUAGAGAAAUUGAUCAUUUAAUUUUUUGUGUUCAUGGAAUUGGUCAAUCAUUAGGUACAAGGUUCCAAGGUGUUAAUUUUAUUCAUACUAUAAAUAUUUUACGUAAAAAUAUUAAAAAAGUUUAUGAAGAAAAUAAAGAUUUUCAAAAAUUAUUAAAUAAUGAUAAAAAUUGUCGUAUUCAAGUUUUACCAAUUUCUUGGAGACAUAAGAUUGAUUUCUCAACACAUGAACCAUUUGAAGAUAGAGAUGAUCAGGGAAAUUAUAGAUUACCAACAUUAAAUGAUAUUACAAUGGAAGAAAUGAAACCUUUAAGAAAUUUAUUAGGUUCAGUUAUUUUGGAUGUCUUGUUAUAUUAUGAACCAUUAUAUUUUAAUCAAAUCUUGGAUGAAGUUACUAAAGAAGCAAAUCAAAUAUAUCAUACUUUUAAAAAGAGAAAUCCUUCAUUUAAUGGUAAAAUUAGUAUAAUUGGUCAUUCUUUAGGUUCGGCAAUUUCAUUUGAUAUUUUAUCACAACAACCAAAAAGUUUAAUCCCAAAAGAUCAUAAAGAUCGUACUUCAAAGCAUUUAGAUUUUAAAGUUGAUAAUUAUUUUGCACUUGGUUCACCAAUUGGUGUUUUCAAUUUAUUAAAAAGAAAAAACAUCGGUUCAGUUGAAUUACAUGAAAAUUCAAAUGAAAAAAUUUCAGUACCAAGAUGUGAAAAUUUUUAUAAUGUUUUCCAUCCUUGUGAUCCAGUUGGUUAUAGAGUUGAACCAUUAAUUUCUCCAGAAUUUAAAAAAUUUCAACCUGAAUCAAUUCCAUUCUUAAUUGAAAAUUUUAAUAAACAAUUAUCAUCAUUUGCUGAAUUAAGUGAAAAUUUAAGUAAUAAAUUUAUUGGAACAGCUGCAGAUGCUUGGUCAAAUGUUACUGCAAAUGUUGGUAGUAAACAUGUUGAAAAAAUGUUAAAAACAGCAUCAGAAUCAGCAACUCCAGAUAUUUUGAAAGAUGAUGAUCAUAAUUUAAAAUUGAAAAAAAUUAAAUUAACUGAUGAACAAUUAUCAAAAUUAUCAAGUUUAAACUAUAAUGGUAGAGUUGAUUAUGAAUUAAAACAAGGUUAUUUUGAUGUUAGUAUAAUUUCUUCAAUUAGUGCUCAUAUAAGUUAUUUUGAAGAUGAAAAUGUUGCAGGUUUUAUAUUGAAGGAAAUUUUAGCAAAACAUGAAAGGGUUAAGGAAAAAAGUGCAAAAAUAUUAGUGGAAAAGGGUAAAAAUAAAAACAAGGAUCAAUAA